CAACAAAUACGCCUCCUCCAAUCCCUAAUAUACACAGGCAAAUUAGCAGCAACACAAUGGCGUACUCGAUUCGGUCGUCUAUCCAAAGUACCAGCUUUGGGAGAAGUGGAUCCAACAGGAUCAUUUUGUGCCUUUCCUGAUAAUUGGUUAAAAAUGAAAGCCGCCGAAAAAGCUGUUAGUCCUUCGAGUGCGGAUUUAUGGAAAAUUUUCUUUGUGAAUGCUGUGCCAUUUGUUGCGUUUGGUUUUCUGGAUAAUUUCACUAUGAUUAUUGCUGGUGAUUACAUUGAGUAUUUAUUUGGUACCUUUAUGUGUAUAUCCACAAUGGCAGCUGCUGGUCUGGGUAACACAAUUAGUGAUGUCUUAGGUAUUGGCUCAGCCUACUAUGUGGAACGUGGUUGUGAAAUAUUGGGCUUAAGGCCACCAGAUCUAACACCCAUACAAAUGGAAAUGAAAUCUAGUCGUAGAGCCGCUAACUACGGUCGUAUUAUUGGUAUCACAGUUGGUUGUUUAGUGGGUAUGUUCCCACUAUUGUUUAUAGAUCGCAAAGCCAUCGAAGAUGAACGCAAAGAGGAAGAAGAACGAAAGAAGCUGGAACUUAAAAAUAAACAAGAAUCGGCCAAUGCAAUAACAACAGCUCAAUAA